AUGGCACCCUUCACGCCACCGUUCUAUAAUACUGCAUGUGAUUACUUUGGUCCUUAUACGGUGAAAAUUGGAAAAAACAAGACGACAAAACAUUAUGGGGUGAUAUUCACAUGUCUGAACACGAGAGCAGUUCACCUAGAACUUUCAGUUGACUGCUCGUCAAUGGAGUUUCUUCAAGUUCUGAGAAGAUUCUUCGCGAUCAGAGGUUGUCCACGAUUGAUACAGAGUGACAACGGUACCCAGAUGGUUGGUGCAGAGAGACAACUCAGAGAAAUGGUGAAAGGUUGGAGCAGGGAUGAUUUGAAGGAAUUCUAUGCAGAAAGACAGGUUAUAUGGAAAUUUGUCACACCUUUAGCACCUCACCAAAACGGAUGCGCUGAAGCACUAGUCAAGAGCUGUAAGCAUGCGAUAAGGAAAUCCAUCGGAGACCAACAUCUAACUCCAUUGGAAUUUUACACAUGUCUUCAAGAGAUAGCCAAUUUAGUGAAUGAAAGACCAAUUGGAAGACAUCCAAAUGACCCAGAUGACGGAAACUACAUAUGCCCACAUGACAUUCUUCUUAGAAGAGCAUCUAACACAGAGUUCCACAAGGACCGUUCCGCACCAGUAAGAAUCCCAGACAUAGAGUUGAGUUUGUGCAACAAAUUGUCAAUUCGUUCUGGAAGAACUGGAAGACGUUUAUCCUGCUUUGGUUCCGAGAAAGAAAUGGAGAGUCCACCACCGAGAUGUAAGGAUAGGCGAUGUUGUGGUCUUAGCAGAUCCGAACUCCGUCCGAGGAAAGUGGAACAUCGCCAGAGUCACCGAGGUUCAUCCAGGUCAAGAUGGAAAAGUACGAAACGUCAGAGUUAA